GCAACCACCGUUCCAAGCUUCGUAGUGGACAAUGUGACGUCGUCUUCUUCAGACUACAGCCUCCUUGGCGCAUUCUCGCACCCUUUACCCAUCGAGAUUAUCAUAUCUACCAUUGUAUGGCUGAUGUGCUUUUUAGCGGUGUUUGGUAACAUUCUGAUCUUCGUAGUGAUUCUAAAAGACAAGCAGCUGAGGUCCAAUGUAGCCAAUAUGUACAUAUUAAACCUUGCCAGCGCCGACUUGUGUGUUGGGAUCAUUUCGUUGACAAUUAAAAAUAUUUGGCGGUAUACCGGCAACUGGCCCUUUCAGCGAGCCGUGUGCACCUUCUGGACUGUCGUGGAUUAUUCGGCGUGCAUGCAGGGCGUCUUCGCAGUGACACUCAUCAGUCUUGAUCGUUAUUUCAUGGUGACCAAAUUCCUGAAUUAUCGAAAGUACAACAGCAGGAAACUUGCUUGCGGCCUAAUAACAGGUACCUGGACGCUCGCGUUGCUAUUUAAUGCUUUCCCAGUUUUGGGCAAUGAACUGUGGCCCAAUGCUGGAGACGUUGGUAUUAACUACUCUGUCAACUGCGACUUCGGCGUGCUGCGUAUUCUUUCCUAUAACAUUGCUCAAAUAGUUAUAGGGUUCUUAGCACCGGCAAUCAUCUUAGCUUACUUGAAUUUCAAGGUGUACGCCAACAUCCUGAAGCGCUCCAAAGGCUUGGUUCGCACGGAAGUUUCUCCAAUGCAGCUAGACACUAUCCACCCACCGGCAGAGCCCGGUGCUAAAAAAGAUUCACACGUCAACAGUACUCACCGAUCACAAGACACCAAAAGGUCCUACAAAACUCACCGGAAGGCCGCUAUCACGCUGGCCCUUAUCGUGGGCGUGUUUUCCAUAUGUGGGAUCCCCUAUUACGUCUUGCAGUUCAUGUUUAUCGCUAAGGGGGUUUAUUUUAGCUGGCUGUUAGGCAAUGGUGCCAACUACUCUUUGUGGGUCAACUCAGCGAUCAAUCCGUUCAUCUAUGCUGCCACUAGUCCCAGGAUCAGGCGGGGUAUUAUCAAAAUAAUCUGCUUUUGGAACCACCGGCUCCGAAGGAAAAUUCGCCCGUUGCAAUGA